UACAGACCCCUCAUUGUAGCUUCCAAACUUAUCAGGAUAAUCUUCAAUUUUUCUCACAUUUUUCUCAUACUCUACAACAAAUCAUAUUCCAUUGCCGCAUGCAUUGCCAGCUCACAUGGCCCGCUUAAAUGAGCCUGCAGCUUCGCUGGAGAGUUUGGAAUCUCGUGAGUUUCUAAAAUCGCUCCAUGACAGUCGGGAAAAAAUGGAGAUGCAUCUUUCUGACGCAAUAAUAGUCAAGCGCAAGUACAAACGUCAAAAUCGAGAUAUAGCAUCUGUCAAUUCCUCACAAGCGGUUCGAAUUCGGAUCCUAGAAAAUGAAACCUCUAAACUUCUUGCUGAGAAUCUCGAGCUCCGGGAGGAAAAUUUACGUCUUCGAAGCGAAAUUGAUAAUGGAAAAGCCCGGAGAGUCGCAGAUCGAGUAAAUGUGGUCAAAUCACAGCUGGAAGAGAGAUUAUUGGAGAUUGGGGUUUUGAUAAGUGGUUUGGGAGAGGAAUCUCCACCGAGGAAAAGGUCACCACAUCUUCCAAGGCAAUUAGGCGGAUUGAGAUCGAGCUCAAAUCCACCUCGUAGCCCACAGGAGAAUAAAUGGGAAAACAUGUCUCCCUUGAAUGAGAACGGUACAAGUCCAGAGCGCAAAAUGCCCCCAAGGAAGAAUGUGGCUUCGCUGAGUGAGGACAUUGGUAGUCCAGACGGCAAACUACCCCCAAUUUUGGAGAACAAAUAUUAUCCCAGGAGGACUUUGGAGUAUGUUUCGCAUUCCUUGAUUUGAUUAUACAUGCUAACAAUACACAGACAUCAUGAAAUUGAGAAUAUGCUAGCUGAAGUGGGAACAGAGACUACAGAUUCGCCAGAUAUUGGCCCACCACCGGUAUCACAGUUUGUGGACGAGGACCCUGUAAAGAUCGAUUUGCCAGAAAAAGUACCUCGCGAGAAGGAAGAGGAUCCUUGUCUAGAGCCGAUAAUAUCAACGAACCUUGAGCAGAGAAAGAGGCGCAAGGAUAGUAUAAUGGCUUCUGACAUCAAAAGGAACAGCCGAUCAGAACCUUCACAGGCAAAACGGGAGACUACAGGGAUACUCAAGUCCGGGGCAAAGCGUAAGCUCAGUGCAAGAGAUGACGAGGAAUUGGAACCUAUAAACGUCGACGAUACUGAUGAUUUCCAAUUCACACGCGUGUCUUCCGAGGAACGAACGAAGAACAGACCGGUGGUCUCAUCAGCUAAAGAGAAUACAAAGUCGUUGAAAGAUGUUACUGGCUCUAAAGCAUUAUCCAAAGAUAGGCCGGCUCUGCCUCCAAACACCAGAAAGGUCCUGGCUGCCAAAAGUGUCAACAGUUCUCCCAAGAAAAGCGCUAGCGCCAGGAAUUUGAUUCAUGAUGGCAUUAAGCCAGGAAAAAUGAAUAUUUUCAAGGAGAGCCUGACAAAGGAAGUUCAGGUCGAGGAUAAGAAAGUGGAAAGUAUUGAGCCUGGUUCACAAAUCGUUCAACCUCAACUGCAGGCUUUCAGUAUCCAGCAGGAACCCGAGACGCCUGCACCAAUCGAUAUCUUUUCACCUCUUUCGUCGCAUCCAUCAACAGCCUUUCGAAUGGAAUCUCGGGACACUCCACCGCCUUCAGAGAUGAAAGAAUCUGUUGAAGGUCAACGACCUAGCCGACGAGCUCGAGGAGCAGUAAGUUAUGCGGAACCUAAUCUUCGAGACAAGAUGCGCCGACCAGGAAAAGAACUUGUGAAUGCUGUAACGGCAGAUGGAAAAGUUCGCGCUGUCAAAGUUGACGGGGAAGCUGGCCCAACGACAGUAAGCAGGAUCAAAGUAGAGCUCGAAGCAGAGGAUGGUUGGAAACGAUUAUCAGCCGCGCCAGAUGCUGACCACAGUCCACUAAGUGGUAAAACUUCCAUUCCUAUGAACGAUAUGCUACCAAGCAGUAUCACAGAUCAUAGGAGACGUCGCGAGUCAAUCUUGCAUCUGACAGAAUCGGGACCUUCUUCAGCAUCGGGGUCGAAAUCAGUCACGGAGCUUCUUGCAGAGUCUAGGAAAAUAAAAGCAAAGUCCAAGGAACAAUCUGGCAAAGGCGAUGAGAUCAAGGCUGCCCUUGAAGACGUGGAUAUUUAUGAAUUUCAGGGUUCUCCGAAACGUGAUACAGAUGAAGCGCCAAAAACCAUCAAAGAGGAGAAAAUUGAGAGGGCGCCAUCACGUUUCUCCAGGAGAGCUUCAGCUAUACCGGCAGGAGAUUCGAAUGAAAUUAAGGAUUCGGAACAACCUGGGAAAAGGAUUGCCGCAACAGGAGGGGCAUCAAGACGAAGACAAUCGGCAUUGUCAUCCUCAGUCCGAUGCUCAUCGGCUACAGGACACGAAUCAGAUAGGGACAACACAGAUUCUGAAAAAUCAUUGAGAAGAUCAAUGAGCAGCACGAGUAUGGCAGGAGUAGCAGCUAGAAGCGAUAGGAUGUCCGCUAGGAGAAGAAGUAUGAUGUUAUGAGUUGGGUCUUUAUGAUGUGAUCGGUUUGGGUUAAACAAAAUAUUCUUAAUCUUUGUUCGGUUUUUGUAUCUCGUUGGAUUGACUCGACUCCGAUGAUUGGAUUGAAAUGAAUUGGAUGAGGAGUAAUUGGAUCUUUAUGGGAGCAGAGCAAUUCUAUAUAGGAUAUGCUACAUGCGCAUACCCUGGUUGAUGGCGCAAAAGUAGUUUUAGUUCUUCUUCCUCUUUCGGUUUUACGGAGCGGAAUAUGAUAUCAAUGAAGCCUUUCUUUCAAUCGAAUUAA